CCGCAUAUAUUCGCUCCCCUUGUGUUCGAAUAAGCGAGCAACUCAGUUCCUUUCACAAUGCCCUUUCAAGAGAUGCUCUUUGUUGAAAAUAUAAAGGAGACGCCUGACUGAUGAUCGAAUCCAUUGCUGUCCCAUUUAAGUUCGUACGCUCCAUACACUCCAAGAUCAUCUGGAGAGCAUUCGUGCUCGUCGGAGUGUGCGCCCCUGUGAUAGUGUCCUCGUCGCCCGUACCUCUACGCGCUGGAGCGGAGAGUUAUAAUCUCGAUAAUUUUGCGCGCAAUUCUCAAACUCAGAUCAUGCCCAUAAACGAUUUGAACACGAUUAACAUACUGUCUGAUUUUACUGAUGUAUAUCUUCCCUCCUCUAUCCCAUCUCUCCCAUCACCAAAGGACAGGUUCACUGCGUUGGCACGGGUGGCUAAUGCAUGGACUCGUUUUCAGUCGCCCUUUAGCUACGGCGUCCAUUCCUUUCACGAUCUUACCUUUUCAAUUCUUUCUCAUCUCACUCAUCCAUUCAUUCCUGGACAUCCCCUCCCAUCCAUACUCGUGCAUUCACUGUUGUAUAUAAGUACUACUAGCUGAGCACAUAAGACUGUUGUACAAUUUCCAUUCCACGGAACCUAUUGUAACUACCCUCCACGCACGAAAGGCCCUUUUAAGCGUGACGUCAGGCAGC